ACGUUGAUACUAGAUUACCAAGACCUAGUGAUACGAACUCGUAGUUAAUUUUCUUAAGCUUAGCAUAGUGCAGUUUUGUUUGACCUUUUAUUGCUGUUUUGUAAGUAGUCAUGAAACAUUUAAAAUUUAUAUCCAGAACUGUUUUGGUGCGAAAUGAAAAUGUAGAUGAAGCGUGUCGUAUGUUGAACCGCAUUAUGGGUUCUGAAGGCUUUUUAGAUCAAUACAGACGAACAAGAUUCUACGAAAAGCCUACGCAAAUGAGGCGAAGAGUUAAUUACGAGAAAUGUAAAGCCAUCUAUGAUGAAGACAUGAAACGGAAAAUUAGUUUUGUUCUACGUACUAAUCGACCAGAACCAUUUCCUGGAUGUUAUUGAUUGUGUUUAGUAUAAAAAUAAUGUAAAUUGCUUAUAUUUGUGUAUAAUUUUCUACAUCCACUAACAUUACACAUUUAUUCAUUGGUGUAAUUAAUUUGUACAUUUAAAAUCCAAUAAAGUUUUUACUUAUAUUGCACACA